GCCAUUUAGUUUGGAUGUUGUUAGUCAGAAUCAAAAUGGCGGCGCGCUCGAUCACCGCGAACAUCUCCAACAAACUUAACGUUAUUGCUAAAAAUCUCGAAAAGGCACCCAAACCAGAGAAAAUCAUAUUCGAUAGAAGGAAGAGACCGGGGUUUUACAGCGAAGGUAUAGCAUCCAGGCUCCCACCAGCCUAUUUCAAAUGGAAAAGACAACCAGGCGCCAAGCCACCUGUGCUGUACUGGAACGAUCCAGGAACUGACUGGGCGAAGCACCCAAGGACGGGGGAGCGAGUCCGCACCAACAGGGUACCGCUGAACGUCAUCUAUCCGAAGCACAGCCAGCUGGGUCUGUGGAGUGGGGAGGGAUACGUGCCGGGCUUCCGAAAAGCCAAUAUAACCAAGGGAGUCAGGGUCAGGAAGUGUUGGAAGCCCCUUCUACAGAAAAAGGAGUUGUACAGCGAGAUCUUGGAUCAAAGUUUCACCAUCACUGUCAGUUUGAGAACGCUGGAUCUCAUUGAUGAGGCUUACGGCUUUGACUUCUACAUUCUCAAGACUCCACCUGAAGUACUCAAUUCGUUAUUAGGCAUGGCACUCAAGAGGCACAUGCUACUCCGACUGGCGGAGAAAGAGAAAGUCUACCCGAACGAUCCGGAUAAGAGGGACACAAUCUACAAGCGAUACAAGGACUUUGUCAUACCAAAGGAAGAGGCAGAGUGGGUGGGGCUUACCAGAUACCAGGCCAUCGCUAAACAGCGCCGGAUUGAGAGCAAGCAGGAUUCACAGACAUCCCUACGUCCACUGCGGGAAUCUCCGGCGUUUGUACGGCCACUGCAGGAAGUAUUCACAGAGCAGCUUAUUGCAGAAUUGAAAGAGGAGCAACCGGAAACAAGCUAUGAAUUUGCAGAAGGUUUGCAGCACAAAUCAAGGCCUCUCAUCAGCAGAAUUUUCGGACGGGGUUCGACGGACAAAGACGACAAAACGAGCACGUAGCACACCGCCAGGA